AUGAAAGGACUUAUUGAAGAUGCAAAAUACUCUGUUGCCUUGUUGGAUGAAGGAACACAUCUUGGAAAUGUUAUUGAUAACUAUGUCUAUGAACAUACCCUAACAGGAAAAAAUGCCUUUUUUGUUGGAGAUCUUGGGGAAAUUGUGAAGAAACACAAUCAGUGGCAGAAUGUUGUGGCUCAAAUAAAGCCAUUCUACACAGUAAAAUGCAAUUCAGCUCCAGCUGUUCUAGACAUUUUAGCAGCUCUUGGAACUGGAUUUGCAUGUUCCAACAAAAAUGAAAUGGCAUUGGUGCAAGAGUUGGGUGUUUCUCCUGAAAACAUCAUUGAUAUAAGUCCAUGUAAGCAAUCUUCUCAGAUAAAGUAUGCAGCGAAAACUGGGGUUAACAUCAUGUCGUGUGACAAUGAAAUUGAAUUGAAGAAAAUUGCGCGUAAUCAUCCAAAUGCUAAGCUCUUAUUACACAUCGCAACAGAAGAUAUUAGUGGAGAUGAAGAGAAUAACAUGAAGUUUGGUACCACACUGAAGAAUUGUAGGCACCUCUUGGAAUGUGCUAAGGAACAUGACGUCCAAAUUGUUGGUGUUAAGUUUCAUGUUUCAAGCUCUUGCAAAGAACCUCAAGUGUAUAUUCAUGCUUUAUCUGAUGCUCGAUGUGUGUUUGACAUGGCUGGAGAAUUUGGCUUUAAGAUGACCAUAUUGGACAUUGGCGGAGGCUUCACCGGUAGUGAAUUUCAGUUGCAAGAGGUUAAUCACAUCAUCAGCCCAUUGUUGGAUGUCUACUUUCCUGAAGGAUCUGGCAUUAAGGUCAUUUCAGAACCUGGAAGCUACUAUGUAUCUUCUGCAUUCACUUUAGCAGUUAAUAUCAUUGCAAAGAAAGUUGUUGAAAAUGAUGUUUCCUCUGAAGUAGGAAAAACCGGGAGUAAUGAACCAGCCUUUGUGUAUUACAUGAAUGAUGGUGUUUAUGGUUCUUUUGCAAGUAAAUUGUCUGAGAACUUGAAUACCAUCCCAGAGGUUCACAAGAAAUACAAGAAAGAUGCGGCUCUGUUUACAAGCAGCCUUUGGGGUCCAUCCUGUGAUGAGUUUGAUCAAAUUGUGGAAAACUGUCUUCUUCCUGAGCUGAAUGUGGGAGAUUGGCUGAUCUUUGAUAAUAUGGGAGCAGACACUCUCCAUGAGCCAUCUGCUUUUAAUGAUUUUCAGAGGCCAACUAUUUAUUACAUGAUGUCAUUCAGUGAUUGGUAUGAAAUGCAAGAUGCUGGAAUUACUUCAGACACAAUGAUGAAGAACUUCUUCUUUGUGCCUUCUUGCAUUCAGCUGAGCCAAGAUGACAGCAGCUUUUCCACUGAAGCUUAAAACAGGCAUUAACGCUUCCUUUUAGACCUGAAGUUGCAAGUUAAGCUUGUCUGGUCAACAUUCCAGUGUGGAAGAAAAAUUGAACAAUCUUAACUAUUCACUCUCCAAAA